CAUUGUGAGGGAAAAGUUAUACAACCGAGAGAGUCUGCUUUGGAUUCUUCUUUCUCUGUCUUUGAUUCCAAUCCUCGGCUAAUUGUGUGAUUCUCUCAACUUCUGGGAAUUUCUGUUUUUCCCUCGAUUGGUUGGGUCUAGGUGCGCUUCCCUUCCAAUCGAUUCAAUUUAUUACCAUGGCUACGAUCGGGCACAACAAUCUCAACGCCAAAUUGGUUCUCCUAGGUGAUAUGGGUGCCGGAAAGUCCAGCCUGGUUUUGCGAUUUGUCAAGGGUCAAUUUCUUGAAUUCCAGGAAUCAACAAUAGGGGCAGCCUUCUUUUCACAGACAUUGGCGGUUAAUGAUGCAACUGUUAAAUUUGAAAUUUGGGACACUGCUGGACAGGAGAGGUACCACAGCUUGGCUCCUAUGUAUUACAGAGGCGCUGCUGCUGCCAUCAUUGUCUAUGAUAUUACCAGCGCAGAUUCAUUUACACGUGCAAGGAAGUGGGUCCAAGAACUUCAAAAACAAGGGAACCCUAAUAUGGUUAUGGCUCUUGCUGGUAACAAAGCUGACCUGGAAGAUAAGAGGCAAGUGACAGCUGAAGAGGCCCGUGUAUAUGCUGAGGAAAAUGGUCUCUUUUUCAUGGAGACCUCUGCCAAAACUGCAGCCAAUGUAAAUGAUAUAUUUUAUGAAAUAGAUAAUUUAGAAGGGGAGACGUGUCUUUCCUCUAGAGAGAAGUCUGCCCCUAGUUUGUGGAGCAGGAUAUUUUUCGUAUUUCCAAUAUUUUGGCUUGGAUUGAAGUUGGAUGUUUUUCAGGCCGGGGUUUGCUGAAGUUUAAACUGUAAUGAUAUAAAUAGUUAAAUACCCAUGUGAUUGGUUAGCGACUGUGAAACUGACAUGUUUAUGAGUUGUAACACUUGUUAAUGUCAAAAUAAAUAUACUUUUAGCUAAAGGCCUUGUUAAGCCUAAUGGCAUGAAAGCUUCUUUGUUAAUGAAAAGUCACUAUUUCGAUCCCA